AUGAAAAUUGGUCCAUUGGAUGGGAGAAUCAUAAUCCAAAGCCAAGUUUAAAGAGCAGUCGACAUGCGUCCUAUUCUUGCGCUAUCCCUGGUCGUCCUGGCCGCUCUGGUUGCCCUGUCAUCGCAGGCAACUACCAGUGACCCCUCUUCCUCCUCCACGACAUCCGACACCGCGACCACAGCGACCACCACGACCACCACCACCACCACCACCACUGACGCCACCACCACCACCACCACUGCCGCCACCACCGAGGCGACCAGGAGAAGGCAUCGCCGCAGGCACCGCAGGAGGAGGAUCGUCAUCAUCCGACGAGGUGGAGGAGAGAGGCGCCGCAGGGAACGCGAUGGCGAUGAUGAUGGCGGUCGUGUCGUGAGGCGCAUCCGCGUGAGUGAGCGCCGAGUCGGUCGCCGCUUCGCCCGCAACUAA